UUGAUUACCUAACCCCAAACGGCUAGAACUAUCGCUAAUCCAUCAUUUUUUAAGCUUUUACUCAGCCUUUUGUUUCAAAGAUUAAUCACUUAACCAUAUAUCAUCACCCGCUUUUGUACUGAUUUCCUUUUUAUUUCAAAGAAGAAUAGUGUUGCACACUUUUCCGGCACGCUUUUAUAAAAGCAAAAAUUUUGCGUAAAGAAAAGAAAAUAACAAUCACAAAAAACAUACAAGACACCCACACUCUUCUUAAGCGCACACACACACACAAAUUCACUGUCUCUUCUUGUACCAGUCCAUUUCUCUCCAUUGUUUUCUCGUCUCUCAACACCCCACAAGUGUUAAAAAAAAAAAAAAAAAAAAAAAAAAAAAAAAGCCAUGAGAAGCUCUCUUAUUUUGCUCUUAUCUCUCUUCUUGCCAUCCCUAGUGUUACAUUUACAAGCAAGUGCUGGUAGUGAAAGCAUAAACAAAAACAAGAAUCCAUUUACAGCAAAGGCCUCAUUGAUAAGGUAUUGGAACAAGCAAAUCUCCAACAAUCUUCCCAAACCAAACUUCCUUCUCUCCAAGGCCUCUCCACUGGGGCCCACCGAGACAGCGAUUCUCAUCAAACUCGCCACUCAAAAGAACCUCUCAGCUCACCUCGAGUCGUUCUGCUCACUCGCCCACCUGUUCUGCUCGUUCGACGACUCCAAAAACGACGUCGUCUCGAGCAAGAAGGACUCCAACUUCGCGACCUACGCCAACAAGAACUUCGCCAACUACGGCGCCGCCCGGCUCGGCGGCGGCGACUCGUUCAAGAACUACUCGGCCGAGUUGAACUCACCGAACGACUCGUUCAGGAAGUACAGCCGGGGAUCGAACUCCCACGGCGAGGGAUUCGACAACUACGCCGCCGACGCAAACGUCGCGACCUCCACUUUCACCAACUACGGCGCCGACGCCACCGCCGGCUCCGGCGAGUUCAAAACUUACCACCGCCAAGUCAACGUACCGAACCUCCGGUUCUCCUCCUACGACUCCGCCGCCAACGGCCACCGCCUCUCCUUUUCGAGCUACGCCGCCGAGACAAACUCCGGCGCCGAAUCCUUCGUCAGCUACUCCAAGAACGGCAAUGGCGUCCCGAGCGAGUUCGGGAGCUACGGCGAGGGGUCGAACACCGUCGGAUCGGGAUUCACCGGCUACGGCGAGUCCGGGAACGGCGGUAACGACACUUUCAAGGGCUACGGCCUGUCGGGAAACAAUCCGAAAAGUGACUUCAAGAGCUACGGCAGCGGCGGAACUGCCGGGAUCGACCAGUUCUGGAACUACCGGAACGGAGCGAAUGUCGGCGGCGAUUCGUUCCUUUCCUACGCGAGGAAUUCGAACUCAGGGAAGGCAAUUUUCGUGAACUACGGCAAAUCGUUUAACCUUGGAAACGAUUCGUUUAAGGAGUAUGGGAAAGGGGCGACGGGUCGGACCACAAUCGGGUUCAAGUCCUACAGCUUGGGUCGGACCUUCAAGGACUAUACCAAAAACGGCGUCGUAUUCAUGGAGUACAACAAUUUCAGCACGGCUGAGAGUGGCAAUGUCGUAAAUAGACGGGUUGAGGAGGGCAAAUUUUUUAGAGAGUCGGCACUGAAGAAAGGGAAUGUGAUGGCGAUGCCCGAUAUUAGGGACAAAAUGCGGAAAAGGUCGUUUUUGCCCCGGUACUUAUUGACGAAAUUGCCCUUCUCGAAGAUGAGGUUGGAUGAGUUGAAGGUGAUAUUCCACGCGCAGGAUGGCUCGGCUAUGGAACGCGUGAUUAUCGACGCGCUCGACGAGUGCGAGAGGGCUCCGAGCCCGGGCGAGACUAAGCGGUGCGUGGGCUCGGCCGAGGAUAUGAUUGACUUCGCGAUCUCGGUCUUGGGACGUGAUGUGGCAGUCAGGACUACUGAGAACGUGAGUGGGUCAAAAGGGGAGGUGAUGAUCGGGAAAGUCAGAGGGAUCAACGGUGGGAAUGUGACCAAGUCGGUUUCGUGUCAUCAGAGCUUCUUUCCUUACCUAUUGUAUUAUUGCCACUCUGUCCCCAAAGUGAGGGUCUACGAGGCUGAUAUUCUUGACGUGAAGAGCAAGGCCAAGAUCAAUCAUGGUAUUGCCAUCUGUCAUCUCGACACGUCGUCGUGGGCUCCCAGUCACGGCGCCUUCGUGGCGCUUGGGUCGGGCCCCGGGAAGAUCGAAGUUUGCCAUUGGAUCUUUGAGAAUGAUAUGACAUGGACGGUUGCUGAUCAUUGAGGAGACAAAAAUACUAUAUCUUGGUUUUUGUGGAACACUUUUAUUUUAUCAUCCAUCAAGAGUGAUGUUUAGUUUGAUCAAAUUUUACUGCCUCUACAAAUAGUUUUUAUUUUUAUUUUUUUUAUUACCUACAAUUUAUGAUUGAACAGGAAGGGUUAUAAUACCCACUCGUAUUGUUGUUGAGGUUGAAAAAAGGCCGUAAUUUAAUAUUUGUUUCUUCCAAAUGUUACCAAUCAUGUUUUU